AUGUUUCACGUGUUUAUACGUAACGUCAGCCCACUGGCCAAGCCGCGCAAUCCGCUGAUGUGCCUCCCGAUGAGACAGUGCCUCAACGCGAAAUGUUUCGGCAUGAUGCCGAACAGCUUAAGGAACUCGAGCAAAAUGAUUGUGAAGGGUACUUUUGUGCCGCACUUGAAGCUUGAGUACAGUCCCCUGAGCUACUGCCUGAGCAAGCUCCAGCUGUGGAGGCUGCGCUGGUACUGGGACCACGACUUCCGGCAGGACGCCUUCCUGGAGCAGACCAAGGCGCUGGCGGUCAAAAUGUCGGACAUGGGGAAACUGCGGGAAAAGCACGAGAUGGUCGACGAGUUCUACACUUCGAAUGUGACCUACCAAAUGGCCAGGGAGGCCAGCAAACUGCCCCACGAGUGCUGCGCGGAUCUGAUGCGUUUCCGCCCGGAGGACAUCAAGAAGGCGGUGCCCAUAAACGUGGACCUGUGCAACGUAUUCGGGCUGCGCUAUGCAGUCGUAGAUGUGGCCAUGUUGGGCCUCCGACAUGUGGCCGACUGUGAGUCGAAGGCGGAUCUGGACGCCAUGAAGCAGGCUCUGAUCCAGGUGGAUUCCCACUUCAAGAAGCAGCUGUCCAGGCCCGACCACAGUCUGCCGCACGUGCUCGUCGAGCUCUUCAUGCGCUUCCGCCGCAACUAUUCGACGCCCCACUUGAUGUCCGGCGAGGAGCUAAUCUCCGAUUCAAGCCCCUGGGUUGUCACCACAUAUAACAUACGCAAAUUCAAUGUUUUCACUGAAAAAUAA